CCCGGCCUUCCCCCUCUCGUGCCGCUUCCCCGCUCCCUGUCUCCCUCCGCCCUGGGAGCCGGGCACUAUUUCUCCUCCUCCCUCUGCCUGCCCUGAGCGCCGGGCGCCUAUGGAAUGCCGCGCGCGGGGCCCGGCCGCGGCGGCAGGAUACACAGCCGGGCCCGGCGCUCGCUAUAAGAACCUCCUUGUGAGCGACGCCAUUUUAAGCCUCUCGCUCGGUUCGGCGCUGGGAGCAGCGGCGGCGGCGCUCGGGGGACAGAAACACCGCCGCCCCGUACGGUCGCCACCUGGGAGCCAGCGGCGGGGGCACCGCCGUGAGCAAGGAGGCGGUAGGCGGGGGGACGAGGAAGGAAAGACGGACCGGACCGGGAUCGCCCGGGCAGCAGCAGCCGGAGCCCGGGGGGGACCCUGCGCUCUCCCUUCCUCCAACGAUCUCUGAAAGGGUGCAAGAAAGAGUUCUGAGAGCAUAACAAGGAACAUGGCAACUCAAGCUGACUUGAUGGAGCUGGAUAUGGCAAUGGAGCCAGACAGAAAAGCAGCAGUCAGUCAUUGGCAGCAGCAGUCAUAUCUGGACUCUGGUAUCCAUUCUGGUGCCACAACAACUGCUCCCUCCUUGAGUGGCAAGGGAAAUCCUGAAGAAGAAGAUGUGGACACAACACAAGUGCUGUAUGAGUGGGAACAGGGCUUCUCUCAGUCCUUCACCCAGGAGCAAGUUGCGGAUAUUGAUGGCCAGUAUGCAAUGACUAGAGCUCAGAGGGUGCGUGCAGCUAUGUUCCCUGAAACCCUGGAUGAAGGAAUGCAGAUCCCAUCCACGCAGUUUGAUGCAGCUCAUCCAACUAACGUGCAGCGCCUGGCUGAGCCAUCCCAGAUGUUAAAACAUGCUGUUGUUAAUUUGAUAAACUACCAAGAUGAUGCUGAACUUGCAACUCGUGCCAUCCCAGAACUGACCAAACUGUUGAAUGAUGAGGACCAGGUGGUGGUGAACAAGGCUGCAGUUAUGGUUCAUCAGCUGUCCAAAAAGGAAGCGUCUCGCCACGCCAUUAUGCGAUCUCCUCAGAUGGUGUCUGCCAUCGUGCGUACCAUGCAAAACACAAACGACGUGGAGACAGCCCGGUGUACUGCAGGGACACUACACAACCUCUCACAUCACCGUGAAGGCUUGUUGGCAAUCUUCAAAUCAGGAGGCAUCCCUGCUUUGGUUAAAAUGCUGGGGUCCCCAGUGGACUCUGUGCUGUUCUAUGCCAUUACAACUCUUCACAAUCUCCUGUUACAUCAGGAAGGAGCCAAGAUGGCUGUCCGUCUCGCUGGUGGGCUGCAGAAAAUGGUGGCCUUGCUCAACAAGACAAACGUCAAAUUCUUGGCCAUCACAACAGACUGCCUUCAGAUUUUAGCGUAUGGCAAUCAAGAAAGUAAGCUGAUCAUUCUGGCAAGUGGCGGACCCCAGGCUUUAGUAAACAUAAUGAGGACCUAUACUUACGAGAAACUGUUGUGGACCACAAGUAGGGUGCUGAAGGUGUUGUCAGUCUGCUCCAGCAACAAACCCGCUAUUGUUGAGGCUGGUGGGAUGCAAGCUUUGGGGCUCCACCUCACAGAUCCAAGCCAGCGUCUUGUCCAGAACUGUCUCUGGACUCUGAGAAAUCUGUCAGAUGCUGCAACAAAGCAGGAGGGCAUGGAAGGCCUUCUAGGAACUCUAGUUCAGCUUUUAGGAUCAGAUGAUAUUAAUGUUGUGACCUGUGCCGCUGGCAUCCUUUCUAACCUUACCUGCAACAAUUACAAGAACAAGAUGAUGGUGUGCCAGGUUGGUGGCAUCGAGGCUCUGGUGCGCACAGUCCUCCGGGCUGGAGACAGGGAAGACAUCACGGAACCUGCGAUUUGUGCGCUCCGUCACCUCACCAGCAGACACCAAGAAGCUGAGAUGGCUCAAAAUGCAGUUCGUCUCCAUUACGGGCUCCCAGUGGUGGUAAAGCUGUUGCACCCACCCUCACACUGGCCUUUGAUCAAGGCUACUGUUGGCUUGAUCCGCAACCUGGCCCUGUGUCCUGCAAACCACGCCCCGCUGCGUGAACAAGGUGCUAUUCCAAGGCUAGUGCAGUUGCUGGUUAGAGCACACCAGGAUACCCAGCGACGCACUUCCAUGGGCGGGACACAACAGCAGUUUGUGGAGGGUGUGCGCAUGGAAGAAAUUGUUGAGGGCUGCACUGGAGCCCUGCACAUUCUUGCACGUGAUGUUCAUAAUCGAAUCGUAAUCAGGGGUCUAAAUACCAUUCCACUAUUUGUGCAGUUGUUGUACUCUCCCAUCGAGAAUAUCCAGAGAGUCGCUGCUGGUGUACUUUGUGAACUGGCUCAAGACAAGGAGGCAGCUGAAGCAAUCGAAGCUGAAGGUGCAACUGCUCCUUUAACAGAGCUGCUUCAUUCUAGGAAUGAGGGUGUUGCAACCUACGCAGCUGCAGUGCUGUUCAGAAUGUCUGAGGACAAACCACAGGACUACAAGAAGAGACUUUCUGUUGAGUUGACAAGCUCCCUGUUCCGGACCGAGCCAAUGGCUUGGAACGAGACAGCAGAUCUCGGACUGGAUAUCGGUGCCCAGGGAGAGCCUCUUGGAUACCGCCCAGAUGCUGUAUCAUCUGAGUGAACUUGCAUUGAUUGGCCUGUAGAGUUGCUGAGAGGGCUCGAGGGGUGGGCUAGUAUCUCAGAAAGUGCCUGACACACUAACCAAGCUGAGUUUCCUAUGGGAACAAUUGAAGUAAACUUUUUGUUCUGGUCCUUUUUGGUCGAGGAGUAAUAAUACAAAUGGAUUUUGGGAGUGAUUCAAGAAACGAAGAAUGCACAAGAAGGAAUUGCAAGAUGGAAUUUAUCAAACCCUAGCCUUGCUUGUUAAAAAUUUAUUAUUUUUUUUAAAUCUCUGUAAUGGUACUGACCUUGCUUGCUUUGGAAGUAGCCUUUCUUUUUGCAGUAAUUGUUGUUAGUUUUUUUUAAAGUCUCUCGUAGUAUUAAGUUAUAGUGAAUAUGCUACAGCAGUUUCUAAUUUUUAAGGAUUGAGUAAAGGUGUAGAACACUAAUUCAUAAUCGCUCUAACUGUAUUCUGAAUAAAGUGUAACAUUGUGUAGCCUUUUUGUAUAAAAAACUAGACAAAUAGAAAUGGUCCAAUUAGUUUCCUUUUUAAUAUGCUUAAAAUAAGCAGGUGGAUCUAUUUCAUGUUUUUGAUCAAAAACUUUAUCUGGGAUAUGUCUGGGUAGGGGCCAGUAAAAACUGUUUAUUUGGAACCUUGUAUUGGACAGUUUACCAGUUGCCUUUUAUCCCAAAGUUAUUGUAGCCUGCUGUGAUACAGAUGCUUCAUGAGAAAAAUGCAGUUAUAAAAUGGUUCAAAAUUAAAGUAAACUUUUAAUUCA